AUGUUCGAGAACGCCGACCUGACGCAGAUGUGGAACCAGUAUUGGCAGCAAUCGCUGGCUAACCAGACUCCUCUGUUGUGCCCCGCAUCCGGGUCGGGUGACGCCGAGUCUUCUCCGAGUCCUGCCGUCACGCCAAAAACCCCGGAUGGAGAGGGGAAUAACGUGGAUAUGGGGCAGAUUGAUUGCCACUCGAUGGACUCAAAGCGGAGGCGCACGAGGACGAAUUUUACGGGCUGGCAACUCGAGGAGCUGGAGGGUGCCUUUGAGUCUUCUCAUUACCCGGAUGUGUUUAUGCGCGAGUCGCUGGCGAUGAGGUUGGACUUGCUGGAGAGCCGGGUUCAGGUCUGGUUCCAAAACCGGCGGGCAAAAUGGCGAAAACGUGAAAAUCAGCGCAAAAUCGCGCUUGGCAACGGCCCAAGCCAAAAAGACCCUGGCGAUGAUGAUGCGCUCAAAAGAGGGCCCUCAUUUUCGAUUGAAAGCUUAUUGGCAACGGCACGGGUCCCACGGGGAAGACGGCCGAAUGCAAAGUAUCCGAGGGUACAGGCCUGCAAAAACCUCUCCCCGUUGAUGUUUCCACUUUUCCCUAUCACCCAACCGGCCGGAGCCACGAUUCGAGAGGCUUCACCUCCCCAAGUAUCUCCAAAACCAAAGACGUCUGGACUUCCGGUUCCGGAAACCGAGGUACCGAUUUUUGUCCCGCCUACCGUGCCGGAAACUGGCCUCACUUCACUGACUGAAGCCCAGGAAAUUCCUAUCGUAACUAAGUUAAGAAAAAAAUGGCAAGGCCUUACCUUUGAUAUUGCCGCUGAAGAGAUGCGGCGCCUCUACAAAACGCCCACGAAUGAAGAAAAAUUACAACUCUAUUCCCUCUAUAAACAAGCUGUGCAUGGUGACAUUCCACCACUGGACGAGUACGUAAAACCCGGCUCGGGGUUUGAGAAGGAAAAGUAUGAGGCUUGGGAGGCGAUGAGAGGAAAGUCUGCCACUUCUUGCAAAGCAGAAUACGUGCAACUGGCCGAGGAGAUGAUCAAAAAGUACGAGCGGAACAUCGUGCGGAACAAGUGGAAUAGCGAUGUUUGGUCUGUGGAUUAU